GAGGGAGAAGGUGGUCGUCGUGCUGUCGCCGGUUCACGGGAGGAUGAAGGCCAUCAGUCCGGUCCGCUCGGUGCGCGGUUGCUACGAGGCCGUCUGCUGCCUGUCGGAGCAGAGCCUGGCCAUCGCCCGGGGAGGCGGCAAGAGGCCGGCGCUGGAGGAGCCGCUGGCCCUGCUCUACGACAUGAACGGCUGCUACUCGCGGCUGCGGGAGCUGGUGCCCGGCAUCCCCCGGGGGACCGCGCUGAGCCAGGUGGAAAUCCUGCAGCACGUCAUCGACUACAUCCUGGACUUACAGGGGGCCUUGGAGGAGACGACGCCGCCGCCACCACCGGGCACGGGACCCCCACUCUCCCUCAAGGCGGCCGACUUGGCUUCCGAGUUGUACCCCGGCGGCGACGAGAGGCGUCUGUGUCCGUGACCCAGGGGUGUCCCCCGCCCCCCGGACGGGCCCCGUAGGGCCGGACAGUGAGGCUGGACCUUCCCGGCCGUUGGGAGCGGAGGGCAGGGAUGGGGGGGCCCGUCCUGGCCGCCCCCCGGGCCCCCUCCCCGUCUCCUGCCUGCUGCGUGUCAGCUGGAGGCGGCAAACGGCUGCUUCCGCGGCGGCGCCAGCCCGUCUGCAGCCCCGGCCGUGACCCGGCCCCUCCCCCGGGUCCCCGCCCCCUCCUCCUU